GGGGCAGUUAAGCGACGGUUCACGAUUGCCAACUGAAGGCGUGCGAUGGCACAAAUCUCGGGCUGCAUCACAUCACUGACCGCCUUGUUACACGAUGUGCAUCGUGGAGAGUGGAUGGUUCAUAUGUGCCUGGAUUAGAUAUUAGAGCGGGCAUAUGGAAAAUCUUAAUUAUGAGGCGAGCCGCCGACGCCGACGCGACAAAGUUUUGUGUUUGCACAGCUCCCUCCGCCCCCUCAGGCGACUGCCAUUACCAUUGCCAUUGCCAUUGCCAUUGCCAUUGCCAUUGCAAUUGCUUCUUGGCAACGGACGGGUUUCUGUGGUUCUCCUAGGCCCCACUCAACCAGAGCAGGCAGUAGAGCAACAUGCCUUCCCCUGUCGCCGACGCCGUCGAGGCCGAGGUCGUCUCGGUCCCAAGCAACGAGGUCGUCUCGGUCCCAAGCCACGAGGACAACAUCGACGAGAAGAUCCACCUCGCUGUCGACGACGAAAAGACCGGCAAACAUGGUGCGCUGGAUACCGAGAUCAAAGCUGUCCCCCCCCUGUACGAUAGCGAAAAUCACGACAAGGACUCUGACAGUGACGACGUUAUCAUCAUCACGGGUGCCGAUGCGGCGGCACAUCUGCUGCCGCUGCGGGACGAUGGCGAGCCCGCUUUGACCUUCCGAAGUCUCUUCUUGGCCACGGGUCUCUCGGGCUUCCAGGCCGUCAUGACGCAGAUCUACAAUUUCAAACCGACUCCAGUGGACAUUUCGGGGACUUUUAUCGUCCUCAUCGCCUACUUUUUGGGCAAAGCAUGGGCCGCCUUUCUGCCCCGCGGUGAUCGAUUCGAGGCUCGAUGGCGGGAGAAAGGUGGUCUGGGCAAACCUCCCCGAUGGAUCAGGCUCCUCUCCCUUUUCAACCCUGGGCCCUGGAACCUGAAAGAGCACGCAAUAUGCGCCAUCACUGCCACGUCCGCCUCCAACGCUUCCGUGAGCGUUACCGUGUUUGCCGCACAAGACCUCUUCUACGACCUCCCCGUGAGCGCCACCACCGUCAUCUUGAGCGUCAUCUCGAUUGGGCUGUUUGGCUACGGCAUCUGCGGCGUCAUGCGCCCCAUUGGCGUCUGGCACGUCGACGCAGUCUACUGGGGCACUCUUCCCACGGUCAAAACCCUCCAGGGACUCCAUUGGCAGGACGUGAAGAACUCCAAGCCCCUCCGAUUCUUCUGGUACAGCUUUGCGGCCAUGUCCGUCUACGAGUUCUUCCCCGCCUACAUCUUCCCGUGGCUCAACUCAGUCUCCAUCCCCUGCCUCGCCGCAAUGCACGCUACUGGCGCCAAGGCAGCUGUGCUCACAAAUAUCUUCGGCGGAGCCAACAAUAACGAGGGGUUGGGACUUUUCAGUCUGUCCUUUGACUGGCAAUAUAUCACUUCGUUCAACACCUCUCUUCCUCUCAAGCUGCAAGCCCAUGCAGCUGUGGGGUAUCUUGCCUGCUUUGCCGCAAUGCUUGGCAUCUACUACACCAAUGCCUGGGAAUCCAAGUCGCAGCCCUUCAUGUCGACGCGUCUUCGAUCCGAGGACGGUUCAACGUACCCCAUCACGAAAGUCUUCACCGGUGGCGUGCUCAACAAGGAGGCCUUGGCCAAGUACGGUAUUCCCAGACUCACGGGGAGUUUCGCGUACGCAAUGUUCAUGGCGAAUGCUGCUAUCGGCGCCCUGGUUGCCCACUGCUUCCUCUUCUGGGGCGGGGACGUCGCCAGGGCGUACAAGAGCGCGAAAAGCGGGAGAUACGACGAUCGACAUCAUGCGCACAUGGCUGCGAAUUACAAGGAGACACCAUGGUGGUGGUACGUUGCCGUGCUUGUCAUCAGUUUUGUGCUUGGACUCGUCGUCGUCACCAAGGAGAACAUUACCCUUCCAGUUUGGGCGUACAUUGUCUCGCUACUGCUGGGAAUAUUCAUUGCACCCUUUAGCACCAUUCUCUUUUCCCGGUACGGCAACGGCAUUGCUACGAACAACUUGUCGAAGAUGCUGGCGGGUCUGAUGAUCCCUGAUCGCCCCGUUGGUAACAUGUACUUUGCCGCAUGGUCGCAUAAUGUGAUCUCGAACGCGGUGAGCCUGUCCAACGACCUGAAGAUGGGCGAAUACCUCAAGAUUCCUCCCCGUGUCAUGUUCCUUACUCAAAUCUAUGGUACCAUCUUGGGCGGCUUCGUCAACUACGCCGUCAUGAUUUCCAUUGUGGCCGGCAAUCGCGAACUCCUCACCGACAGCAACGGCAACAGUUCCUGGAGCGGUGCGACCAUCCAGUCGUACAAUACUAACGCAAGCUCUUGGGCACUGGCCGGCUAUCUCUACAAACCUGGCCGCAUGUACGAGAUGGUGCCAAUAGGGCUGGGUAUUGGAGCCGGUGUAGUUGUCCUCCACCGCAUCUUUGUAUAUUUCGUCCCCAAGAUUCGAGGCUUCGCCACCACGGAGAUCAACAUGCCCCAGUUCAUCCAAUACGCGGGCUACAUCCCCUACAACGCGUCUCAGACCUGCGUCAUCUUCAGCCAGAUCCUUACCGGGUUCUUCACCCAGUUCUACCUCCGGAACUACCGCCCGCGCAUCUUCAAGGACUACUCGUACUUGGUCACCGGCGCCUUCGACGGUGCCAGUCUCGCGGUGCUCUUCAUCCUGUCCUUUGCCGUCUUCGGCGCUGGUGGUCCUUCUGUUCCUUUUCCCACGUGGUGGGGCAACAAUGAGGAUGGUUUCUACGAUCAUUGCCCUGUGGCUGAGUAGGCACAGCUUGUUGGACGUAACUGCUUUUCUGUUAGCUAUCUCUAAGGAGGUUUACAC